GAUGGCUGGUGAUGAAGGAGAACUGAGAAAGAUAAUCAGAGAGGAAAUUGAAAAUAGCAACAGAACAAAUAACACUCCACGUCAUAUAUAUCGUAGAACUCAAGGACUUAUUAAUGAUGCAGUACACAGUUGCGCUCGUGAUUUCAGAAGUAGUUUUUCACCCAGCACUUCAUCGGCAACAACAAGCUCCAGCUCACCAUCUGCUACUACUGCUGUGUAUUUACCUGGAACUUUUAAGAAAAAGCAAAAAUUUUCACCAGGACACCCAUACCGCCUUACAGCUGUUCAAUCCAAAAAAAAAAGUGAUGUUACUAAGCCAUUGAAAUCUGUUGAAGUUUGGCUUCUUGAUGUCCAUGGAUUUGAGGAUUCAAAUCCAGUGGAGGAAAGACCUUCCUUUGGUGAAGGCGGUUUCUCCGAAAUUAAUUUUAGCGAAGAAAUGGUAAUUUUAAAGGGAACUGUUCAGUUAAAUCCUCUUGAAACUUUUGAGACGGCUAUCAGACAAUCUUUGUGUGAAGUAUUUAGUCGCAAGUUUACGCUCAUCUCACCAAGUGAUUUUUUUUACGUUAAAAGAGAAAGAAAUAAGCUAGUUUGCUUAGAAACAGGACCUGGUCACUCUUGGGGUUUCCAAAAUUUAAGAAGAUUAUGGGGACAAGGAAAACUAUAUUGUGUGUUAAAAGGACAUUAUAGAGACCUUGUAAUUGGAGACAAUGACACAAAAGAAAAAGAAAUUGUUAAGAUAGAGGAGGAGGAAUGUGAUAAAAAGAACGAUGACUUGCAAAAACCUUGCUGCUCCCGUACAGAACUGCCCUCAGCGACAUCCGAAGCUACAUCAAGUUUGGUUUCUGAUGCAGAACAACUAGUGAAUGAAUUGCUGGAAGCUGAUGAUAGAAAGAAAAUUGUACCAAAGUUUGAAUCUCUGGAUGAAGUUGUUGAUUAUUUUGAUAAAAAAAUGACAGGAGAUAAGGAACGGUUACGUUUAAAAGCAGAAAAUGCAUUGGAAGAGGCAUUGUGUUAUUACAAGUCUGGCAACUUUGAUGCUGCAUCUAAAAUUGUAAUAACAUACAAAGGCCAACCAGCUGUGGACACUGGUGGUAUUUUACGCCAGUUCUAUACCGAUGUCUUUGCUCAAAUGGUUACUGGAAUGGAAGAUAUUCCACCAUUAUUUGAAGGAAAUGACAGAAGAAAACUUCCAAUUUACAGUGCUGCUGCAGUGCUAUCAGGGCUGUAUGAAAUUGUGGGCAAGAUCAUGGCUCAUGCUCUGUGCUUGUGUGGAUCAGGUUUUGGAUAUUGUUCACCGGCUGUGUACAAAUUUAUUGUUACUGGAGAUAUAUCAGAGGUGACAAACAGUAUCUCACCAGAGGAUGUGUUUAAUCUUUACAUUAAAGACUAUAUUAAGAAAAUAUCUGCUUGUAAGGAUGAUGAAGAGCUGAAACAGAUAUACCAUGAAGAUAAUUUUCAACAGCUUUUGUCUGAUUCGGGCUGCACAAAGCUACUAAAGAUGGAAAACCGCGCUGCAGUCAUGCAGGACGUAAUUUUUAAUGAAGUAGUUGGGAAAAGAUUACCAGUUCUUCAACAAAUCAGAAAAGGAUUGGCUAUACUUGGUGUAUUGGACGUUAUUAUCGAAAAUCCUAAAUUGUUUGAACCACUAUUUGUCUAUGAUCCCAGUCACCUAAAUUUUGAUAAAAUAAAAGCAAAAUUGGACUUUUGCACUAAAGAAUACUCGGAAACUUCAAAGUCAUGGUUAUUAUGUUAUCUUAAGGAUGCUGAUGCUGAAAAAUUUGAAAACUUUCUGCUUUAUUGUACUGGUAGUAUGAUUCUACCUAUGUCUACAAUUAAGGUGAAGUUUGGUAAAUGUAAUCAAAUAUUUGCUUCUACAUGUCUUUUGGAAUUGGUAAUACCAGAAAAUUUUAGUGAUAAAAAGCAACUUUAUUUGUAUAUGGAUACCGUUUUAAAGGACAUUCGCACUGCCAAAGCAUUUUCCACAGUUUGA